UGUUUUAAAGGUUUUUUUUUCCAUCAAUUUUUCUGACGUCUAUUUGCUGAAACAUGAGUAAUCUCAAAACUGGAGAGAACAGAGAGGACAGACAUAUGUACAUCACUAAUCAAUAUUUUGUAGUGCCAAGACUGUAUUAAUAAUAUGCAUGAUAUUAUUUUAAAAACAGCUUGUUUUUUUGUUUUUUUUUUCACUCUAAAACAUUUUUCCCAAAUGUAAAUGUUAUAACUGAUAACGUGACGUUCGGUUGGGAGGCGGAGCCACGUGGUCACGUGCCUGGCGUCUCCAGGAAGUUUUUGAAGCAGCUGAUUAAUAUUCAUGAGCACGCCUCCGCCACAGUAGCUAGUGAAGCGAGCAGCAUGAUUGAUCUCCAUGGCUGCUCUUAUAGCUGUAAAAUGCGGUGUUAUCUUCGAGUCCUGUUCGUCUGCACGCUAUUAGUCUUCUGCUCGCUGCUCUACAUCUUUAAUCAGCUCGUGUCGUCUCUAGAGCGCGCGGAUCAUCAGGAUGACAGAGCCUGUGUGUCUCUCGUCAGGUGUAACUCAGGCUCUGUCACUCUCUGGGAGCCGUACUGGAGAAUCAGCGAUGCUGUGUGCCCAAAAGACUCAGCUCUUAGGUCCGCUCCUCGGGAUCCGGAGCGUCUGGAGCCGGUCGAGCUGGCGGUGGUGGCCUGCGGCUCCAGACUGGAGGAAACACUCAUCAUGCUGAAAUCUGCUGUUCUCUUCAGCCAAAGACGCUUGCGCUUUCACAUUUUCGCAGAAGACGACCUCCAUGCCGGCUUCAGACAGGCGCUGCAGUCGUGGCCGCAGAGGUUUCGCUCCAAGUUCAACUACAGCGUUCAUCCCAUAAGCUUCCCCAGCGAUAGCGCCAGAGAGUGGAAGAGACUCUUCAAACCCUGCGCUUCACAGAGACUCUUCCUUCCCCUGAUUUUGAAGCAGGUGGACUCUGUGCUGUACGUGGACACGGAUGUGCUGUUCCUGCGGCCGGUGGAGGACGUCUGGAGCUUUCUGUCCCGGUUUAACAGCAGCCAGGUGGCAGCGAUGGCCCCGGAGCACGAGGAGCCGCGCAUCGGCUGGUACAAUCGCUUCGCUCGACACCCGUACUACGGCAAGACCGGCGUCAACUCCGGAGUCAUGCUCAUGAACAUGACACGCAUCAGAGACAAACACUUCAAGAACGACCUGACAGCAGUGGAUCUGAAGUGGGCCGAUCUUCUGAUGCCUCUGUUACACAAAUACAAGCUCAACAUCACGUGGGGAGACCAGGACCUGCUCAACAUCAUCUUCCACCAUAACCCAGAGUCUUUGCUGCUGAUCGAGUGUCACUGGAACUAUCGUCCUGAUCACUGUAUUUACGGCAGCAACUGCAUCAGCGCUGAACAGAGCGGUGUUUACAUUCUCCACGGCAACCGCGGCGUUUACCAUGACGACAAGCAGCCCGCCUUCAGAGCCGUGUAUGACACCAUAAAGCAGUUUCCACUGGAUGAAGAUCCGGUGCAUGGUUUGCUUCUGCCGCUGGAGGAGAAGCUGAAGAGCGAUCACACGUACUGCGGCCGAUCUCGACUCGUCUUCACCAAACGACUGCGCCAGAGCGCCACAGAGCUUCAGAAAGAUCACGACCGCUCCAGACGAGCAGAGGUUUGAGUUACGAGCCACCGCUUCAGAUCAGAUCAGAAACCAUCAGCGGCUGACAAUCAGACACUCAGUCCCUAAAACACUGACAGACUCCAGAGCUUCUGCUCAUCAGGGGCCUGCGCUUGACUUCACAGACGUGACACACAGUGAGUGCCCUUCAUCAGGUAUGAAAGGUUUACGUUAGUUAACAAUUACAGACCUUAAAAGGAAAAGUUGACCUCAUUUCCUCACCCUCAGGCCAUCCAUAGAUUAGGAUGAGUUUGU